AUGGAGCCACACCUCGCUGGAUUCCCUCGCUGUUCUGCGCUGCUAGCUGAGCUGCGCCUCCUGCGCGUAUCCUCGGUUUGUUGCCCUGCCCAGACUGCGCCAUGUUCUCCUACGAGCACCGGCGAGUGCCGGAAGCCGGCAGCACCACUGGGACUGGCGACUGCGCUGGAGCGUCCUCGCGGACACGGCUACAACGGCGCCGGUCAUCUUUCCGCCCCUGCACACAUGCCGAGAGUCCUGCCUUCUGUGGCUUCUGCGGUACUCCCUGUCACCUCGAUAUCUGGACCUAAAGACGUGGGGAUGGCCGUUGGUUACAGAGAAGAGAAGGAUAUUAUAAAGACAGGGAUUCUGACAGUGAUACAUCGGUGCAUGGUUCCUGCCAAGUCCAGCCAACUCCUUAGCGCCGAGCGAUCGAUCGAUGGUCGAUCGCUUGACAUCACGUGCCGCGCCGCACUCGGCAUUAUUGAGGGGCAUUGCAUCAUUGCGCUAAAGAGCUUCGAACACUGGCGGGAAAUACACAGAACGGUCGAUUCUUCUCGACUCAUUCUCGACAACGCGCGACAUGCGCAUGGCUGCGUCCGCUCGCUGGCCAUGAUUGCACGUGGCAUCCCGCGGGCGGCGACGCUCAGCGCGCAACGGGUGCACUGCGGAUGGUUGUGGGCGGCACCGUGGUCUCCGGGCUGUCCGGCCGCGGCGGCCAUGCUUGAUCGCCGGCGGGGCGUCUUUUUGUCCGCGUCGGUCUUUUCGACGACGGCGAGCUGGCGUGCAGUUAACAAGGCAGCCGGAUCUGGCAAGGUGGCGGCAGCGUCAGAAGCAGCAGCGGCAGAUGUGCGAAUACAAAAGAAAAUUGCGGUGCCGACAGACCCGCUCACGGGCCCGGAAAAAUCGGCCAAGGAGCAGCGGACGGCCGACUGGGCGAUCAUGAAGGAGAUGUCGCGGUACCUGUGGCCGCGUGGCGGGAGCGGUAGCAUGGACACGAAGCUGCGGGUGUCGCUGGCUGUGUCACUGCUGGUGGGCGCCAAGGUGCUGAACGUGCAGGUGCCGUUUUACUUUAAGAGCAUCGUGGACGCGAUGAAUAUUGACGUGGCUGCAGCCGGCGGCACAGCAGCCGCGGUGGCCGGCAGCAUGAUCCUGGCGUAUGGGGCGACACGCAUCGGGGCGACCGUGCUGCAGGAGCUGCGCAACGCCGUGUUUGCGUCGGUGGCCCAGAAAGCCAUCCGCAACGUCGCCCGCAACGUGUUCGACCACCUGCUCCACCUCGACCUCGGCUUCCACUUGGCCAAGCAGACGGGCGGGCUCACGCGAGCGAUCGACCGCGGCACCAAGGGUAUCAGCUUUCUGCUCAGCAGCAUGGUCUUUCACAUCCUGCCGACCGUGCUCGAGAUCGGCAUGGUCUGCGCCAUCCUCACGUACCAGUACGGCGCACAGUUUGCGGCCAUCACGGUCGCCACCAUGGCUGCCUACACCGGCUUCACCAUCACCACGACGGCCUGGCGCACCAAGUUCCGCCGCCAGGCCAACGCGGCCGACAAUCGGGCAUCCACGGUGGCGGUCGACUCGCUGAUCAACUACGAAUCGGUCAAGUACUACAACAAUGAGCCGUUCGAGGUGGCCCGCUACGACGCCGCUCUCCGCCAGUACCAGAAGAGCUCAAUCAAGGUAGCCACCUCGCUGGCCUUCCUUAACAGCGGCCAGAACAUUAUCUUCUCGUCCGCUCUCACGGCCAUGAUGUACCUCGGCGCCGACGGCAUUGCCUCCGACAGCCUCACUGUCGGCGACCUCGUCAUGAUCAACCAGCUGGUCUUUCAGCUGUCCGUGCCGCUCAACUUCCUCGGCAGCGUCUACCGCGAGCUGCGCCAGUCCCUGCUCGACAUGGACACCCUCUUCAGCCUGCAGCGCGUCAACGUGGCCGUGCGCGACGCUCCCAAUGCCCAGCCACUGCUGCUGACUAAUGGUGGUGCCAUCCGUUUUGAUCACGUGACCUUUGGCUACCACCCUGAUCGACCCAUAAUGCGCGACCUCUGCCUCGCCAUACCGGCCGGCAAGAAAGUCGCCAUCGUCGGCCCCAGUGGCUGCGGCAAGUCCACCCUGCUUCGCCUUCUCUUCCGCUUUUACGACGUCGACCAAGGCCGCAUCCUGAUUGACGACCAGGACCUCCGUCACGUCACCCUCGACUCGCUGCGUCGCAGCAUCGGUGUCGUCCCCCAGGAUACCGCCCUCUUCAACGAUACCGUCGAGCACAACAUUGCGUACGGCCAGCUCGAUGCCCCCCAUGACCGCGUCGUUGCCGCCGCCCGCCGUGCUCAGGUCCACGACAUCAUCCAGUCCUGGAAGCACGGCUACCAGACAAAAGUCGGCGAGCGCGGCCUCAUGAUCAGCGGCGGCGAGAAGCAGCGUCUGGCCGUGGCUCGCCUGCUGCUCAAAGACCCGCCCCUGCUCUUCUUCGACGAGGCCACCAGUGCUCUCGACACCCACACCGAGGCCGCCCUCAUGGCCAACAUUAACAGCAUCUUGCGCGAAAAGUCCCGCACCAGCGUCUUUGUUGCCCAUCGCCUGCGCACCAUCUACGAUGCCGACCUCAUCGUCGUCCUGAAAGAAGGCUCUGUCGCCGAAAUGGGUACCCACCGUGAACUGAUCGACCGCAAUGGCGUCUAUGCCGAGCUGUGGAGCGCCCAGGAGACAAACUUUCAGGUCGAGGAUGUCGAGGAGGGCGACGAGUCCAUCACCGACGACGACGACACCCCUACCAAGUAA